GCAGUAGUACUCGUACUAAUACUUGUAGUCCAGUAGUUCGAUGAGCUUCGGCAUAGAAAGAUACUAUCAUCAACAGUGUCAACACGGGAGCAAACAAAGGAGUUGAUUAUUCAACACCACAACGUUAAGACGCAAAUUGAACACCUCCGUAUCAGCAGCUCCUCCGUACAAAGGAAGGCAAACGCCAACAAUAAGAAGCAAAAAYACGACACGACARCAAGCAAGAAGAAGAACACGGCCAAGGCGAGACUCGAGAAAAAUACGGCAAACAAUUGAUACCGAACCAAGCGUCGGGAAUCGAAUAUCRGUACAGGCGAACGCCAAGAAGCAAGAACGCGAGACGAGACUGAGAAAGAAUACGACGAGGACAAAGAAVAACAAUUGAUUCUGAAUCCAGCAGCUACUAUUGAUACGGAAUCCAGCAGCGAUUAUGGAUUCUAUGAUAACGACGUCAACAAGGGAAAGGAAGGGACAGAGUAAAACUWCUAGCUCUUGYUCUGCUUCAAAGAAAGAAGUAAUCAAUAUUUGUUGCAGUGGACCAGACAAUGAGGUGAUUGACCUUUCUUAUGAUUCAAACCAUAAAGGGAUUGAAGUGACGGACCAUUCUUCAAUUGUGGACAACAACGGUGCCGAUGAGCUGAAGAUCAAUGUUGUACCARUAGUACAGGGUCCAAAAAAACUGAAAGACGAUGAUACAGUUGCCGCCACAGCAGUUAUCGUCACCCCUCGAUCUUCAAAGAAGAGAAAGCUUGAGCUAAAAACCUCUUCAGAUGGCAAAGGUGAUAAUGAGAGUGACUUACAACAGUCAAUUCUGAAUCCGGAUCUAUAUAAGUCGUCUAACAAAAUCAAGAAAGAAUCAAAKGAAGAGGGCGCUACGAGUGAUUGUCUUUGUAAAGCCGAGGGAAAGGUCAACAAUUUUCAGUCUGAUGACGAACAAGAUAUCCCUCUUGCUACAAAUCCUCAGCAGGUACGUUCGAGUCCAGAUCAAGUGAAAAAGGAAGAUGAGGGUGCUGCAAAUGUUAGUACUGUAAAUGCUACGGAAAGUCUGGGMGAGCAUGUUACUCAUUCUUCCUCAACAGAAGUAAAGAAAGAAGAAGCUGAAGAAAAACUGAAUGCAGCCAGGAAUGAAGCAUACGAGAAGUAUGCAGAUCUCCCUUUGCUGCAUCGAUUCAAUGGAAUAGGCCUAUUAGGUGGAGCUUUUCAAAAUAGCUAUCCGGUGCCAACAAACAAAUGCAAGAAAGUGUUUGAUGGAGAUAAGAUUCGAGAAGGGUACCCCAUACCAAAACAUUGUACGACGAAGAACGAAAAUGGUGAUGAUGAGUACGACAUGAAUGACUUCGCCUACGUUGCCUUUGAUACACUAUGGCACACCAAUGGUCCAAAAUUUGCAGGACAACCAACAGCAGCAGUGAACGAGUUGGCCGGUCUCUUCAAGAAAAAGAAUGUUGUUUUYCCACUUUUUAUGAAAAGAUCACUAACCAAGCCUUCUCAUAAACGUGAACAGAGAGUAUUGGGGUGGGAAUAUGUUGGAAAUUACCGUUGCAUUUCUGACCAAGACCUCGAACUGUGGGAAUCAGCRAAGAACGUUCACGAAGCAAAUAAACACAAGAUCAAAGAGUGCAUGCUAAGAUCUGCCGCGAGGUCGGCGGGAUAUGGUAGAUGCCGCAUUGAUCGCUGGAAGGAACAUCUCGACAAUGAAAUUGAAAAGCACCGCAAGAAUGCUCGAGAGGGAAAGGUAGUAAUCCCGAACUCGAUUGGCGCUCGAGCCAUUAAACUGAAUUACAGRCACAACAUGACCGAUAGUGCGCUGAUGGACGUCGUUGUCGAGCUUGAUGAAUUCUACGAAGAAGAAAUCAUUGAAUUCGUUGAGUAUGAUGAACGGAUCUAUGAGUUUUGCAGCAAAGGACUGACGACUAAAAAUUCCAAUGGCGAGGUCAGAAAGAACAAAGGAGGGGCUCAUGCCACAGCAAGGGACUGGUAUGAUUUUGCCACUGAGAAUAUGCUCAUGAACUGAUGAUCACAUGUUUUGAGGUACAUAUAUAUAUACAUACAUAC